UUCUUGUUUUACUCUAAAGAAAGUUGGACCCUACCUACAAUCUUAUAAUACAACAAGUGGAUUAGUAUACUUGUAUAAUUAUAAAAUUUCUCACUAGUUUUAAAAGUAAUUACUACAAGUUGCUUGAAAUCAAAGGAGAGAGAGAUGAAACAAUCUAGCUCUUCUCCUACUACUACAUCUACUUCAAAUUAUAUGAUGAGUAAAUUCUGGGAUUCCUUCAACUGGCUAUCUUCAUCAACAAGAUCAAAUUGGUUUUCUGCAACAACAACUUCUUUCUUGCUUAUUUCCUGCUUCCUAUGUACUCUCCUUUUUACUCAAUGGUCUCAUUAUAUUUACUUUCCUCAAUCAACUUCAAGCAACUCAGUGUCAUUGAACAACUCAAUAAUAGGAGUAUUCUCCAAGAACAGCAACAACCAUGACUACCCAAAAAGAGAUGAGUAUCUCCUCAACUGCACUUCAAGCAACAUGACAAUAACAUGUCCUGCAAAUUACCCUCCUAAUUAUGCAUUCGAUCGCAACAAUUUCACAUCAAAUCAAACAUGUCCUGAGUACUUCAGAUGGAUUCAUGAGGACUUAAAGACAUGGAAGAAGCAAGGAAUUACAAGAGAAAUGGUGGAGAGUUUGAAAGAAGGUGCACAUUUUAGGUUGAUUAUUGUGAAUGGAACAGCAUAUGUUAAGCAAUAUUCAAAGGCUUAUCAAACAAGAGAUGACUUUACAUUUUGGGGUAUAUUGCAGCUCUUAAAGUUGUACCCUGGAAGAUUACCUGACCUUGAUUUAAUGUUUCAAUGUCAUGAUAAACCAUCCAUUAACAAGAAUCAGUAUAGUGGAUGGAGGACUUUCUUUGCUCAUCUUCAGCCUCCCCCACAGUUUCAUUACUGUGGGGGUGACUCGACUUUCGAUAUUGUCUUCCCUGAUUGGUCAUUUUGGGGCUGGCCAGAAGUGAAUGUAAAGCCAUGGGUGCCCUUGGAGAAGGAUUUAAAAGAAGGUAAUGCAUUGAAGAAUUGGACAUCAAGGGAGCCUUAUGCAUUUUGGAAAGGGAAUUUGCGCAAUGGUCCAAGACCUAAGCUUGGGAAAUGCAAUUCUAUAAAUAAAUGGAAUGCACAAAUUAUUGACCAGGAUUGGAUCAAGGAAUCAAGAGAAGGAUUCAGGGACUCAGAUUUGUUGAAGCAGUGUGUUCACAGGUACAAGAUUUAUAUGGAGGGAAAUGCAUGGUCUGUUAGUGAGAAAUACAUUCUAGCUUGUGAUUCCAUGUCCCUUCUUAUAAACCCGAAGUAUUAUGAUUUCUUUACAAGAAGCUUGAUUCCUAUGAAACAUUAUUGGCCCGUUGACACAAAACACCUAUGCAAGUCUAUCAAAUAUGCUGUUGAUUGGGGUAACAACCACAUUAACAAGGCCCAAAAAAUUGGAAAAGAAGGGAGCAAUUUCAUAUUUGAGCAAAUAAAGAUGGAACAUGUAUAUGAUUACAUGUUUCAUGUGUUAUAUGAAUAUGCAAAGCUAUUUAAGUAUAGGCCCACGGUACCUGAAGGAGCAGUUGAAUUAUGCUCAGACAGAUUUGCAUGCAGCCCAAUGGGCUUGGAGGCGACAUAUAAGAUUGAAACCAUGGUAAAUGGGCCUUCUGAAAAAGGCCCAUGUCAACUUCCUCCACCAUAUGAUCCACUAACACUUCAAUCAAUUCGUGAUCAAAAUGCCAAGAUCAAGGAACAAGUUAAGAAGUGGGAACCACCUGACACUUGGUUCAAUUGGUAAGGAAGUUCUUCCAAUUUAUUCAGAUAUAUCGGGUACAAAGAAACAGUGGUAGAAAGAUAAUUUUCCUAUUAAUUGAGGCUCGGCUCGGCUCAGUUCGACUCAACUCGACUCGAGUUUGAACUAUUGUAGUUGGAUAUCAGGUAGUUUACUAAACGAUAGACCCAAUUUUGAUGUGGGAAUAGAGAUUAAGCUGAUGACAGCAUUGUAGAUUAAUAGAUGAUUCAGAUAUAUGGGCUAAUUUUUGUGUAUCAUAGUACUAACUGAUAGCAACAAAUUGAUCAAAACUAAUAGCCAUCUUAAUAUGAGCAACAAA